CAAAGUCACCUACAUCUUGGAUGCCCUGGGGGCCUUUCGAGCAGAUCACUGGAUGCCUGUGGAUGUUUAUAUCAGAGGGAAGGAGCACGCCGUCAUGCACCUGUACUACUCACGCUUCCACAGCCACCUCUGCAGAGACCAGGGCAUGGUUUCACACAGGGAGCCUUUCAGAAAGCUGCUGGUCCAGGGUCUGAUUAAGGGACAGACGUUCAGGGUAGCAGAGACCGGCCGGUACCUCAAGAAAGAGGACACUGACUUCACAUGCCCGUCUGUGGGGUUUGGCCACCAAACUGAGGGUCCAGAGACGCCCAACCCAUCCGUCCUCAACAAGAGAGAGCGAUCAGAGGCCAGGAAGAUCUGGGAGAACAAGAACUACGCCAUCACACAGGUAACAGGUCACUUCACAGAGGACUUCCUGUUAAAUGCGGCCAUCUCUCGGCUCAUGGGACUGACCAACACACUCUCACAAGCCUCGUCUCGGGUGGUUCUGCACAGCGUGGAGUUUGAGGAGGCUUUGGCAUCGCUCUGUGUGAUGGCGGCACCCAUGUGUCCACACUUAGCUUCUGAACUCUGGGCAGGUUUGUCUCAGGUGAGGAAUCCUCUAGGAAGUGUGCUGUCGGGGAAGGCAAGUGUGCUUCAGCAGCCGUGGCCUAGUGUGGAUCCAGACUACCUACAAACACCCGACACACUGCAGCUGUCCAUAUGGAUCAAUAAUAAGGCAUGUGGGAGUGUAUCUGUACCUCGUGAAGUGGCUCAGGACGCACAGAAGGUUCAGGAACUGGUGCUGAACAGCCCUCUGGGUGCCCAUCUGCUCUCCGAGCGUGUCAUUAAGAAGGCCAUCCUCUCGCCCAGAACGGCCCUCAUCUACUUCCUGGGGGACGAAUGACAUGAUGUGCCUUACAGGAGUUCUGAUUUCAGAAAGGACCGUACGUGAAAAGACUCUGAUAUCCACAGAGCCAUUUUUGUACCCAGCCCCACCUCUCAGCCCUCGUCACCUCAGACUCCAGGUCUGGCGGUAUUAGUGUUUUGUAGCGAGCUAUUUCUGAACGCCCAGUUUUAGCCUGACAUUACAACACCUCUGCUCUGACAGACCUGCUCUGCCUGAAAUGGAGAUGUGGAGGUCAUGCUGUGCUUUCAGACAACAGUGGGAUUCCUGCUGGGUCUCAUAACCAGCGUCUCAUCAAACACUCAUUUACUGUAGCUGACUCACUGUCCUGUACGGAGUCUUUAGUUUUUUAACAUCCUAGCUGUGG